GCGGCCGCUAAAUGGCAACCCUGGAUUCCAUGUUCCAACAUCAAUUUUGUAUUUGACGACAAUGCUCCUUCACAGUCAUCCAAACUAAGCCUGGCAAUGAGCUCGUCAUCAUAUCCUUAUAGACGUGCAAUUUUCCGAUCAAGAUGCCUCUCCAACCAAUAAAUACCAACGUUGAGAGGGACGGGUCCCUCCUCUCCCCCAUCCGCUACGACGACGACGCCAUAUCAUUACAUAGUCGAAGCGACCAGGACACCGAUAGCGAAGAUGACGAACUACUAGCUGCUGCGCGGAAUAGCAAGGAGUUACGCGCACGUGAUCGCAUGGUCUUGAUGGAAGAGGAAGAGUUGGACAAGCUGAUAACCGACUCGAGGGCUCGACGCGAGCGGGAACGGAGAGGUAGCAGUAUUCAUAGGCGAGGGAGCAAUCUUGCACUACCCAACCCCAUACGCAUGCUGAGGGGCUAUAACCUCACAGGAUCGGGAAGCGCAAUAGAUGAUGCUGGGAGUUCUGCGGAGGACUUACAUCAUGAGAAACGAAGAAACAGACGAACACGCCGUAAAGAAAAGAAAGAUCGGUUGCUCAGAGAAGCCCGUGAUGGCGAAGAUGGCGAACUUAUGUAUGAAAUGGAAUCAGGGGGAAUGAAAGACGGAAGUACUACCGGCGACAGUAGCGACCGGGAUGAUAGCGACGAGCUCGAUCGUAAACGUCUAAUUCAGGUAUCGGAUGCCAAGACUGCGAAGACGAGACGAUGGAAGAAAUGGCUGUUGAUACAUGCUACUAUCAUAGUUGGCGUGGCUUUCCUAGGUCUCGUCAUCUGGAAGCUCGUUCAGAGCAGGAAAACAGAAGAACAAGCACAAUUGGUGGUUCCUACUCAGCUGGUCAGCAAUGGUUCUGCUCUAUUUCUGCCAACUACCCUUAUAAUCAGUCUCGACGGGUUCCGAGCGGAUUUUCUAAACCGAGGUCUGACGCCAAGGUUGAAUUCCUUCAUCAAGGAGGGUGUUUCGCCGUUGUAUAUGACCCCAUCAUUCCCCUCUGUUACAUUCCCGAAUCAUUACACACUUGCGACUGGUUUAUAUCCGGAAAGCCAUGGAGUGGUGGGAAACACUUUUUGGGAUCCGGACCUGGAAGGGGAGUUCUAUUAUACCGACCCGGACAAAAGCCUUGAUCCCAAAUGGUGGGCUGGUGAACCAUUUUGGGUCACCGCUGAGCAGCAAGGAGUCCGCACAGCAGUUCAUAUGUGGCCUGGUAGUGAAGCACAUAUCAUGGGGGUAGAGCCGAGCUUUUUAGACAAGUACAACGGCAAAGAGAAACUAAACAACAAAGUCGAUCGAAUCCUUGAAUUCCUUGAUAAACCAGGAGUGGAGACUCCAGACGCGGAUCCCAACGAUAUAAGACCGCAAAUCAUAGCGGCCUACGUUCCUAACGUCGACGCAGACGGUCAUCGCUAUGGCCCGAACAGCACUCGGAUACGGUCGACGAUCCACUCAGUCGAUAAGAUGCUGAAUAGACUUUUCCAUGGUCUCGAGAAGAGGAAUCUCACCGAUAUUGUCAAUGUAAUCAUCGUUUCUGAUCACGGUAUGGCCACAACGGACGUUAGCCGCAUGAUUCAAAUUGAAGAUCUGGUGGACAUAGAGAAAGUAGAGCAUCUCGAUGGAUGGCCCUUAGUUGGGAUCCGGCCAAAGAACCCGGAUGACUUACAGCUACUAUAUGAACAAGCUGCUGAGAAGGUCAAAUCAAAUCCCAAUUUUGAAGUGUACUUGAGAGACAAGGACAUGCCGGAGCGCUACCACUUUAGCAACAACAAGCGCAUUGCACCUUUGUGGAUUAUCCCCAAAACAGGGUGGGCGAUUGUUAAGCGGGAAGAGUUCGAUAUACAAGAAGCCAAGGCUAAAAAUCGCGUCUACCACCCAAGAGGACUCCACGGUUACGAUCACGAACAUCCUUUGAUGAGAGCCAUUUUCGUUGCCCGUGGGCCUGCUUUCCCACACCAACCUCAUAGCAAGGUGGAGAUAUUCCAAAAUAUCAAUGUCUAUAACAUUCUCUGCGACUCCGUUGGUAUGAAGGCUAUGCCAAACAAUGGAACGCUGCAUCUACCACUUAAGAUCACUGGUCUACACGACCCGGACGCAGCCCUCGAAGAGCCAGCAGAUCCCGUUCCUGUCGAGACAACACCCGAAGGAGAGAUCGCGACGGGGACAACAUCCGACCCCCAUCAAGUGGAGACAACUUCUGAAGGUACUGAGCCCUCUUCGACAGUUGGCGUAGACCCCGCAAUCGACAAGCCAGAAGAGCAAAGUCCACCAGCAAAUGAUGAGAAUAACAGCAGCGGAUCAUCAUGGUGGCAGAAUACUUGGGAUUGGGUGAAGGACAAGUUUGAUGGUUUAAUUGAUACGGUCAAGGGAAUCGGUAAAGGAUCCUCUUAGGGUGGUCUUUAUGCUUUACUAUUUUUCCUCCUUUUGAUCUUGGUGUUCCUUCCUUGAUGGAGGUCACGCUGUACUCGGAUACUUGUAUACUGUCCAGGAAAUUGGUGUUGGUGGCGUUUUCUAGUUCCUCCUAGAGCGUUGAAGUCUCCUUGCAUAGAGCUUGUUAGUAGAUUUUGGUAGAGUAGUCGCCUAUGGGGAAGACAUGGCAUGGAAGCGACGUCGUUAUUUUGGAUAGUUUCAAAACAGCGAAUGCCGAUAAUCAACGUUAAUAGUGUGCUUGGGAUUGGCACCAUGUAUUAUCGUGGAAAUUUGAUAAGCUACCUGCCCAUCUAUAUGUGUGAACGUAAUUAAGUAUGUCCAUA